AGCUGAAAUGGUUGGACCUGUUGAUUUUGAUAAUGAUGCUGACUACUGGCAGCAGGAUAGGUGGAGUGGCCAAUUCCCUGUCCAGUGGCAUAUUAUUAAAGAUGUGCCUAACAGUCAGUUCCGCCACAUACUUCUUGAAAAUAAUGAAAACAAACCUGUUACUCACAGCCGGGACUCUCAAGAGGUGAAACUGGAACAGGGUAUUGAGAUGCUGAAAAUUUUCAAGGAUUAUGAUGCCGAGACAUCCAUUCUAGAUGAUUUCAAUUUUUAUGAUGAGAGGGAGAUGACUUUCCAGGAAAAGAAGGCCAGACAGCGAGUCAGUUCAACUAAAAAUGAUUCAGUUGAACUUGCUGAUGCUUCGAUUAAGAAACUGUCUGAGAACCUCGGUGAAGCCUUACAGUUGGAAGACUGUAAAGAAGUACCUAAAACAGAAUAGAGCUGUGGGCACUAGAGUUCUGUGUAUCACCAGAUGACGAUUGUUGCAUUGACUGCCUGAAGGUGUUAGUUGUAUCUAUACUGGGGUUCUGGGUUGCCAUCUCUACCCAGACCGACUGCUGACAGCAUUUUUGAGGUGGUAUUUUCCAUCAUCCUGGCCAGUCUGGCUGUGAACUAAAUCCCCUCUCGCAUUUGAUAAAAUCAGUUGGACGGUAUUUGGGCAAGGCAUAGAGGCAGGCUAGAAAUAUGGGCUU